CAUAAAAAAUUAAGUCUUUUUUCUUUAUAAAAAUAUCUGAUAAAUCGUUAAAAAAUAUAUCCUUUAUUCUUGUAUCAUAUAAAUGGUUUAAUUUUUCUAGAAUAAACUCUAUUUCUUAAUUCUAUUAGUUUUCAAAAUUUUCAAAAUCAUAUUAAUAAAUUUAAUUUUUUGCGGAUAAAUAUGUCAUAUUAUUGCUUUUGGAUACUAUUAUUAAAGAAUUUAUUUAAUAUCCAUAGUCUGUAGGGGUUAUUUCAUACGCUUUUAAAAAUUUCAAAAAAAAUUUCAAAGAUGGGGACUCAAUGAUUUUGUAUAGAAGUGUAUUUUUAUGAAUUUUUAAUAUUUAUAUUUUAUAUAAUAUUGUUUACCACCAUAUAAAUUUCGAUUUAGAAAAUAUAUAUAAAGAUUCUUUAUAUUUUAACUGAUUUAUUUCAAUUUAUGAGGAUAGUUAGUAUUAUUUUUCUACUUCCUUUUUUGUUUUUGAAUCUA